UGGGGGGUACAGGUUCCUACUUCCAGGAGCCUGGGCUGUGAAGUCCCUCAUUCUCCCUCUGUCCAAAUCCCUGGGAUCCCUGGCGGGGGUGGGAGGGCUGUAGUCCUGGGAACACAACUUCUACACCAGUCUCCCCUCCAGUGGGGCUGGCCCUGCACCUGCCUCGCUGUUGUGGGAAUGGGAGUUCUCUUACCACAAGGGGUAGUGAACAUUUCCCUCUCUCCCAGGGGCAGCAGCAUCGCAGGGGGGGUUCCCUUUACUCCCUGUCUCUGCCAUUGCAGGUGCCCGCCCUGGGCAGGCGGUGCCAUGGAGCCCGAGACCCGCAGCAUCCAGAUCGAGUUCCCCCAUUACGCGGCUGUGCUGCUGGAAUCUCUCAACAAGCACCGCUUGGAGGGCAAGUUCUGCGACAUUUCCAUCCACGUGCAGGGCCGGGUCUUCCAGGCUCACAAGAGUGUCCUGGCCGCCUCCUCGCCCUACUUCCAUGACAAGCUACUCCUCAAUGACACCAACUGCAUCGUGCUGCCCAGCGUCAUCGAGCCUGACGCCUUCGAGAACUUACUGCAGCUCAUCUACUCCGGCCGCCUCAAGCUCCUGAUGGAAGCGCUGCCCAGCCACCUGCUGGUGGCUAGUGGACUGCAGAUGUGGCAGGUGGUGGACCAGUGCUGGGGGCCCCUCCGGCCCUGGUCCAGCAGGGCAAGUGAGAACCAGUCCCCCAGUAGCAGCAAUUAUUUUGCUGUGAAGGAUGAUGGAGAGCCGGUGGGUGGAAGCUCAGAGGGGCCUGGCCAUGGCGGGGUAUCGUCAGGCCGGGCAGCACCCGGCUGCCCUGACAAUGAGGUGAUGAAGAUCCGGGUGUCCCAGGAGGAGGAAGAGGAGGAGGAGGAGGAGGAGGAGGAGCACGAGCACCAGGCCCGGAUUUUUAGUGGCUCUGUGGACAAGGCAGUGAAGAUUGUCCUGGAGGAAGAUGGAGAGGUUGGUGGCAGAGGCGGCUCCAAAGGGCCAUCUUCUGGGGAGCUGGACGGCCCCUUUCAUGCCCCCCGCGAUCACCCCAAGAUCUUCUACAUCAAACAGGAGCGCUUUGACCCAGAUGAGGCUGCAGGGGCUGCGCUGGGAGGAGGCCUGAGUGCAGCCGGGGAGGCCAGCUUUCUCAAGUCAUUGGCACAGGAGCGGGCAUUGGCCAUGGCUGAGGUGCGGGGUCUGUGCCAAGCAGACUUCCAGCCAAGCAGUGAAGUCAGCUACAUAAUCCCUGCUGCAACCACAGGUGCCGCCUCCUCCAUCCCCACCCCUGGCUUCACCAUUAAGGCCCAGCCCCUCUCCUCAGAUGAGGCCAGCUUCCCCCAGAGCUCCUGGAAGCCAGUGGACCUACAUGGCAACGAGAUCAUUGCCCACGCGGUACAUGGCCAGGUGGUGCACGCACCUGUCAAAAUUGUGGCAGCCCCUGAUGGGAAGAAGUUUGGUUGUCUGUGCGGCAAGCGCUUUGCUGUCAAGCCCAAGCGAGACCGGCACAUCAUGCUGACCUUCAGCCUGCGCCCCUUCGGCUGCUCUGUCUGCAACAAGAAGUUCAAGCUGAAGCACCAUCUGACAGAGCACAUGAAGACCCAUGAUGGGAACCUGUACUCCUGCGAGGACUGUGGGCGCAAGUUCCGUGUGCAGAACUGCUUCCUCAAACACAAGGAAUUGUGCAAAGGCCAGGGCUGGGCCACUGCUUGCUGGACCUACAAAUAAACCUUGGAUGGGGGCUGCAGGGAGGACUCCUACCACCCUUCUUGAGGCUGGUUUGAGCCCCUGAGCAGCUCAGAACCCUGCUCCAUGGCCCGGUGGACACCAAAGUAUGAAGGGCAGCUGGGCAGGCCAAGGGAUUUGGGCUCUUGUGCUGCUCCAUGGUGUGGCAUUUGUUACAGACCUUGCCCUGGUGUAAGGUGGAGGAACUUGGGGCAGGAGGCAGGAGCAUGGGGCUGAUGGGAACCUCAAGGAAAGGGAUUAAAUCUGCCCUGCUGUGGGCACUUUGGGCCAGCGACAAUAGGGCAGGUGAGAGAGGAGCACUGGUGCAGCAGAUUGCUUAAUCGCAGACCCUGAUGGCAGCAGUGGCAGGUUGGGCCUGUGAAAACCACAGUCCCGAGCUGCCCUCCUGGGAGUCUGACUUCUGGGCAAUGUCCCAGCCAAGGCUGAGUCCCUCAUGCCUGCUCCAGCGGCGGGUGGUGGGGGGCGACCUGCCCUUUUCUGGGAGCACUCCUCUGGAACCUGGUCUCUGACACUUUGAGGCCAUGUGCCCAACCUGGGGUAUUCCAACCCCCUGCCACAGGAGACUCAAUAAAAGAGAUCUGUGCCUCCCCCCGCCCCCAGCCUUGGACUCAUCCUCUGCAGCCUCCUGCAUCCCUCCCUGGCAGGACAGUGACUGGCCUUGUCAAAGUCAGGCUGGCUUUUCAACAGUGCUCUCAAAAUGAUUGAGAGGCACAAACCAGAGCUCACCGCUGAAUCCAGUACUGUGGUGGGGGCAUGGGCAGGAUAGGGGAAAGCUUCAAGGAGAUGAUGUGGCCAGCUCAGCUGAAUGGGAUGGAACUAGGUCUGGAAGGGAGGCUUUUGUCUUUGUGGCUCCCACUACCUCCCUACUCUCCCUCAAACAAGGCCCAGCGUGAGCUCCCCUUUAUGCUGGAGCAGCUGAGCCAUUCCACUGUGCUGGGCUGCAGGUCCCAGGCCUGGGGCCCAAGAUUCUGCAGUGAGCCCCAGCAUCUGGCCAGCUUGGGUUGGGACCUGGCUCAUCCUUUUGGGCAGUGACUGGUGGGAGGGUGCUUUGAGCUGGAGUGAAUGGGUCUCUGUGCUGGCUGGAGCACAAAGCAGGGAGCAGUGUGCCAUGUUCUGUAGAGCCAAAGUCCCUGAGUAGUUCACACCAAGACUCAUGUGGGGGUGGGCUUGCCAGCCUCUCUGCAGUCUCCUUAGCCUGCUUUCUGGCUUCAGCAGCCUCUGCCUUUCUUGGCCCUGUCAUGGGGGUAUCUCUUAGUGCCUUUGUUUUAUUUGACCUCUUUUUUCCUAUCAGUUCCCUGCUGUAGUUCAUGCCCCUUCCCACAAGGCAUCAUGAGCUGGGGGUGGGGGUGGGGGUGGGUGUGUGUGUGUGUGUGUGUGUGUGUGAUGUUGAGUCAAACAGGGCAAGCCAGGCCAUUGUUUAUAACUAUAGGCACCUCCCUAUAGGCAUCUGCUAUUGGAGCAGCCUGGGUGGGUCAGAACAUGUUUCUGAUUGGCCAGUGCCAGAUACUUCAGAGGGAAUGAACAGAAUAAACAACUUAAGGGCCAUCCCCAGCCAGUCAGAGACUAGGGCAUACCCCUGCCCAAUAGCCAUUGGUGGCCCUGAGCUCCAGGAUCUUCUCCAGCUCUUUUCUCAACUUAGUUAUACUUUUGGCCUUCACAGCAUUGGGACAGUGAGUUCCACAAGAUACCUGCCCGUGAGUUGAAGAAAUGCUGCCUUCUGUUGGCUUUAAACAUGCUGCCUAUUCAUUUCAGUGAGCAACCCCUAGUUCUUGUGUUAUAGGAACAAGUAAACAUUUCUACAUUGAC